AUGGCCAUUUUUAACUCUCCUCGGUCAUUUCAAAAUGUCAAUGCCCAAGCCCCUAUGGGCUUCAACCGCUCCUUCAUGGCAAGCGCCCAUGAGAGCCACCCGCCAUUCCUUCACCUAGUCCUGCUCGUUUUUGAAGCUGUGCUGGAGGUCGUCUGUGUUAGUCUUCCUGGCUACAUUGCUGCUCGUACGGGCAUGUUCGACGCCGAUGCGCAGAAGCUAGUGGCAAAUCUCAAUGUGACCUUGUUCACUCCCUGCCUGAUCUUCACAAAAUUGGGUUCUCAGUUGACUGCUGAGAAGCUGACCGAUUUGGCAAUCAUCCCCGUCAUCUUCAUUGUACAGACCUUCGUGUCAUACUUCUGCUCGUUCGUUGUGACAAAAUGCUGCCGCUUCAAGAAGCGCCAGUCCAAUUUCGUGGCUGCCAUGGCGGUCUUCGGAAACUCAAACUCCCUUCCCAUUUCUCUCGUUGUGUCACUCUCGCAAACCCUCAAGGGCCUCCAUUGGGACCGAAUCCCUAAUGAUAAUGACGAUGAAGUCGCCGCACGCGGAAUCCUAUACCUCCUCAUCUUCCAGCAACUGGGUCAGCUCGUGCGUUGGAGUUGGGGUUACCACGUUCUCCUAGCUCCCAAGGACCGAUACCUGGAAGAAGCAGAGCGUGAUGAGACCGGUCAGUCUAUCAUUGAACAGGGCCAAGCGCGUUACAGCGACAACCCAGAUCAGACGGACCCAGAUGAACCCCUCGUCCGAACGCGCAGCUCAGACGAUCUCCACCGCGCGCAUCACACACAAAGUGAUCGCUUCCACUCUGGCGACCAAACCCCCGUUUCCACACGCGCGUACUCCUAUUCCAAGCUUUCCACCGCUUCGGACUACCCGGACUCAGACGAUACCCCAUCAGUGAUUGGCCCGCCCCCCACUGGCCCGUUCCUGGCGCGCCAAAGCACCCAGGGCGAGAUCCUCCAGUUCCCCGACGUGGAAAACACGGCUCGGCAGGUCCAAGAAGCAGAGCAAACUCGCUUCCAGCGCUUCAAAGCAUCUCUUCGCAAAUCGCGAGACCGUCUCAACCGCUGGCGCGAGAAGAAAGUCAAAGCGCUGCAUGCGCGUCUCCCUACAAAGGUGCAGAAAGGACUGGCCUCGGUCACAAGCGCGAUGCGUCGCUUCUGCAAUGGUCUCUGGGACUUCAUGAACCCGCCUCUGUGGGCCAUGCUCGUGUCGAUUGUCAUUGCUUCCGUUCCCGAACUUCAACGGCUGUUCUUCGAUGAGGGCACCUUCGUUCGCAACUCUGUAACUCGCGCUAUCGACCAGAAUGGACAAGUUGCUGUACCCCUGAUUCUAGUGGUGUUGGGUGCCAACCUUGCGCGCAACACGAUUCCCAAGGAGGCGUUGGUCGAUAUUGAGCAUCCCAACGAGGAGCGCAAAUUGAUCAUCGCGUCAUUGGUUGCGCGCAUGCUGCUUCCCACUAUCAUCAUGGCCCCACUUCUGGCGCUUAUGGCAAAGUACGUGCCUAUCAGUAUCCUCGACGACCCAAUCUUCGUGAUCGUUUGCUUCUUGCUCACUGGCGCGCCGUCGGCUUUGCAGCUGGCGCAGAUCUGCCAGAUCAAUAACGUCUUUGUGGGCGCUAUGUCGAAGCUCCUGUUCCAGAGCUACGUUGUCUGGAUCCUGCCCUCCACUCUCGUGCUGGUCAUGUGCGCCUUGGAGGUCGUCGAGUGGGCUGCCGCCUCUUCGUAA